CAAGUUGUAACAUUAGCAGAAUGCAAAAUGGCAACAAGUGACACUGGUACGAUGAUGAAUACAUCAGCAGACAACAAUAUUAAUGACGAAGGGGAAAGCUAUGUGUUACUAGAGCUUUCUGGAUUAACAGCAGAGGAAUUCAAAAACAAUAGUGGACAGAUUCAUCUUCUUGGCGUCAACUCUCCUAAUCCAUUUCUUAAGUUGGACAAAUGCUUCUUUAAGGGGGAGUACAGGUUAACAACUGGAACAGCUGUUUUCUUUGAAGAGAGCAAUGAAAGUAAGUAAAAAGUGAAUUCAGUGGUGGAUUCAAGGCUGGCCCAUCCCUCCCCCCACUCCUGCCCUCAACAUUUUUCAAAAUUAUUG